AUGAAUAUUAAAUUAUUAAAUAUUUUAAUAAUAGCUAUUGUAUUAUAUUGUUCAUUCAAAUUAUCAUUAUCAAAUGAAGAAGUUUAUUAUGAUUCAACAUAUUUAAAUAGUAUUAUUACUGACCCAAAGAACCCAUGUAUGAAUGUUGUUUGUACCGAUCAAUUUCCAGGCCAAUGUAAUGUCCGUGCAGGUCAAAUAUUUUUUGCUCGUAAUACUGCAGUAGGAAUUUGUUGUGGUGUUUGUAUGGAACAUAAAGAUUUAGAUCCAGAAACUGAACCACCAAAAUAA